AUGCCCUCUGUGACCUCCCGUACCGUGGGCGCCCUUAUGGCGUUGCACGCAGCCGACUCCCUGGGCUCCACAUACGAGUUCCAACCACACGCCACGAUCCCCCAUCCCUUACCCAAUACCGUCCUCUCCGGCGGCGGCGUCUUCAAGUGGAAGCCUGGCGCAGCCACGGAUGACACGGACCUCACCCGCGCCGUCCUGCUCGCCUACCAUGGCCUCCUCACCGGCACGACAUCCAAGCACGGCUAUAGCGUCGUCAAGGCCAGCGCUGAGCACAUGCUCGCGUGGUACGUCGGCGACUGGCCGGGACGCAAGCCGGGCUCGACACCCGUCGACAUCGGAGGGGCCACGGAGGAUAGUCUCCAGCGGUAUAAGAAGAACCGCGACAUGACCUCGUCUGGCGAUGGCCAGGGCAGCGCGGGGAACGGAUCGCUCAUGCGCUGCCUGCCGACCGGUCUUUUUCAGCGUGACAAGAAGAUCCUGGUCUCGGAGAGCAAGCGCAUCAGCGCCAUCACGCACGACGACGAUAGGUGCAGAAUAUCCUGCGCGGCGUACAACAUAAUCGUGAGGGCGUUGAUACUGGGGGAGAGCCCUCAAGAGGCGGUGCGCCAGGGCGAAAAGGUGGCCAUUGAGCUCGAGAAGGGGCAGACGGGGCUCGUGUACUCUGCUCUCCGUCUGGGGUGGGAGAUCUCCCUGCCCGAGCUGGCCAAGCAGGGGCCUGAGGGCACCUUCCCCGGGGGCUGCAGCGGCUAUGUCCUGGAGACGCUGACGCUGGCUAUCGCUGCUGUGCUGGACAAGAGGAGCAUGGAGGACAUUAUUAGCGAUAUUGUCUGCGUAGGCAAGGACACGGACACAAACGCGGCCGUGGCGGGUGGUCUCCUGGGCGCACGAGACGGCGAGGAGGCCGUGCCCAGGCAUUGGCGGGAUGCGAUAGAGUAUGGCGAGGAGUUCAGGCAUCUGGCGCACGAGAUACUCAAAGCUCAAAAGUGGGACAAGUGA